GCGUGACACAGGUAUAAGUAGUCCAGCCACUCACGAACUCCAUUUGUUUCCACCUUCUUCCACUGUACCACUCACAAUGAGAGCUUAUUACUUUGAUAACUUGCCAGGCGAUCAGCGUCUUCCUCAUGAUUCUGGGAACUCUGUCUCUGACGAGACCCUCAAGUCUAUCGGUGUCCUUCACUGGCACAUCCCGAUUGACGAGGAAGGUUUGUACGAACGGAAAGUUGACGAGGUUGCUCAAGAGAGAAACUACAAAAACCGAGAUGUGAUUGCCAUUAGCAAGGAGUCGCUGGGCGAUCAAUUGGAGGUAAAGCUUAAAACCUUUUACCACGAGCACAUGCAUGAGGAUGAAGAAAUCAGGUACAUCAUGAAAGGAAGUGGUUUCUUUGAUGUCCGUGAACACGACACCGAAUCCUGGAUCCGCUGCCACAUGGGUGCGGGCGAUCUGAUGGUCCUUCCUGCUGGUAUCUACCAUCGUUUCACUCUCGAUGAAAACAAUGCCGUCAGGACCAUGAGGUUAUUCAAAGAUGAGCCGAAAUGGAUCGCCUACAACAGGGGCCCUGAGACAGAUGCAAACCAAUACAGGGUUGACUAUGUCAACUCUUUGCAGACUGUCGCGGUCAACUAAAAUUGUGCUCUCAAAUAAGCAUAAGUUGUGCAUAGCGAUGCAUGGUUGUGUAACAUCGAAGAAUCUUAAUUUAUUAAACAUGUUGUAAAUUAGUCUUGUCUUGCUCCUAUGAAACAUCAUGUGGACUCGUCCGUCGCCAUCUCAACAAGAUGACCACAAAGCAAUUAUAUAUUGUUUGCAUAACUC